UAAAAACAUGACAUACCUAACUCACUCGUUGCUCUUCUUCUCCAGUUGCUUGUCUCUACUUAUAUGUGUGUCCAUUGCAGGAAGUAGACCUGUUCAUGGUCCAGCUUAUUCAAACCCAACUGCUUUCUCUCCAGAAGCUUACGAUUUCUUUCACCCAAAAUCAUCACUCUCUGACAAUAAUCCACCAAAAAACUCACAUUCUUUGCCAUUUCUUUCACCUUCACCUUCACCUUCAGAUACGUCUAAUGUAGAAGGGGAUACACAAGGAAGUAAAGUUUCAUCAGACGAACACAUAAGUGAGAAUAGAAGAGAAGAAGGAGGAGGAGAAACUGUAGGAAUAGUGAUAGGCAUUUCUUUCACAGCUCUUCUUUUAAUGGGAAUUUACUUUGUGAUCAAGAAACGACCCGCACGAUUGUAAUCCACUCUGAUGCUUCAUCAAGAAUAUGUUAAUUAGUUAUUGAUUUUGCAUGCAGAAUGGUAGCAAAAUAGCUAGACUCUGGUCUAGUUUAAUUUAUUAAUAUUCAGUUGGAAUUUGUCUCAACAAAAAUGAGAAAACAUCUUGAAACUAUAUAU